AUGCUUUUGCUCUCGUGGUUUUCAGCAAACUUGGUGCCGUUUUUCGGAGCAGCGGUGGAUUUCCUGGGCGCCAGUGUCACACCGAUCUCUUGUUGGUUAAUACCAUUGCUUUUGUACAUGAGGAUGUGCUGGGACUUCCCUGAAGAGGCUGAGAAGUCAUGGACACUAGAAUGGAUUCUCAUUGCUCUCGAAUGCUUGCUGGCACUCAUCCUAGUCGUCUUCGGUGUCCGAUCAUCAUUGCUGAAGAUCAUAGAGACAUGGUCCACCUACGGAGCUCCUUUUGACUGCCAUUGUGAGGGGCUUUGGGAGACAUGUGGCUGUUCAGACUUGAAGUUGGAGAACAUUUGUUUCUGCGAGCAGUCGCCCACCAGCACUCAUAUCAAAGUCAUCGACUGGGGCUUGGCUGGAAGCUUCGAGCAGGGCCGCAUGAAGAGCUCAGUCGGAACCUCCACCUACUCGGCUCCUGAGGUUUUAGACCCGGAGGACGAUGACGAUGGCUACACGUGUGCCUGCGACCUUUGGAGUCUCGGUGUUGUGGCCUAUGUCGCGCUUUCGGGCAAGCCACCCUUCUGGGGCAGCCCAAAGCAGCAAGUGGCUCGGAUGAGAGCGGAGAAGUAUCCCUUGAGUGGCGAGUUUUGGGACACCAUUUCAGAGGAUGCCAAGGACUUGAUACAGCAGCUCUUGAAGACUGAUGUGCAGGUCCGGCUGACCGCCGAUCAGGUCAUCCGCCACCCGUGGCUGAAGAUGGGCCAACUUGAGCCCGAUAAGAGGGUCUUGGCACAGGUCCUCACGAACUUGGAACAGUUCAGUCGUGCUCCAGAUUUCUUCACCUUCUGUGUUGCUUCA